AUGGAGGGCUUCUCCAGCGCCUACAGCUUCUCCAGCACCUACAGCUUCUCCAGCACCCACAGCUUCUCCAGCACCCACAGCUUCUCCAGGGCCUACAGCUUCUCCAGCGCCUACAGCUUCUCCAGCGCCUACAGCUUCUCCAGCACCCACAGCUUCUCCAGCACCUACAGCUUCUCCAGCACCUACAGCUUCUCCAGUGCCCACACCUUCUCCAGCACCUACAGCUUCUCCAGCACCCACAGCUUCUCCAGCACCCACAGCUUCUCCAGCACCCACAGCUUCUCCAGCACCCAUAGCUUCUCCAGCGCCUACAGCUUCUCCAGCGCCUACAGCUUCUCCAGCGCCUACAGCAUCUCCAGCGCCUACAGCUUCUCCAGCACCCACAGCUUCUCCAGCGCCCACAGUUUCUCCAGCGCCCAAAGCUUCUCCAGCGCCCACAGCUUCUCCAGCGCCCACAGUUUCUCCAGCGCCCACAGCUUCUCCAGCGCCCACACCUUCUCCAGCGCCCACAGCUUCUCCAUCGCCCACAGCUUUUCCAGCGCCCACAGUUUCUCCAGUGCCAAAAGCUUCUCCAGCGCCCACAGCUUCUCCAGCACCCACAGCUUCUCCAGGGCCCAAAGCUUCUCCAGCGCCCACAGCUUCUCCAGCGCCCAAAGCUUCUCCAGCGCCUACAGCUUCUCCAGCGCCUACAGCUUCUCCAGCGCCCACAGCUUUUCCAGCGCCCACAGCUUCUCCAGCGCCCACAGCUUCUCCAGCGCCCACAGCUUUUCCAGGGCCCAAAGCUUCUCCAGCGCCCACAGCUUCUCCAGCGCCUACAGCUUCUCCAGCACCCACAGCCUCUCCAGCACCUACAGCUUCUCCAGCGCCCACAGCUUCUCCAGCGCCUACAGCUUUUCCAGUGCCCAAAGCUUCUCCAGCGCCCAAAGCUUCUCCAGCGCCUACAGCUUCUCCAGCACCUACAGCUUCUCCAGCGCCCACACCUUCUCCAGCACCUACAGCUUCUCCAGUGCCCACAGCCUCUCCAGCGCCCAAAUCUUCUCCAGCGCCCAAAGCUUCUCCAGCGCCUACAGUUUCUCCAGCACCCACAGCUUCUCCAGCGCCUACAGCUUCUCCAGCGCCCACACCUUCUCCAGCACCUACAGCUUCUCCAGUGCCCACAGCCUCUCCAGCGCCCAAAUCUUCUCCAGCGCCCACAGCUUUUCCAGCGCCCACAUCUUCUCCAGCGCCCACAGUUUCUCCAGCGCCCACAGCUUCUCCAGCGCCCACACCUUCUCCAGCGCCCACAGCUUCUCCAGUGCCAAAAGCUUCUCCAGCGCCCACAGCUUCUCCAUCGCCCACAGCUUUUCCAGCACCCACAGCUUCUCCAGCGCCUACAGCUUCUCCAGCGCCCACAGCUUCUCCAGCGCCUACAGCUUUUCCAGCGUCCAAAGCUUCUCCAGCGCCCAAAUCUUCUCUAGCGCCCAAAGCUUCAGCGCCCAAAGCUUCUCCAGUGCCCAAAUUAUCUCCAGCGCCCAAAGCUUCUCCAGUGCCCAAAGCUUCUCCAGUGCCCAAAUCUUCUCCAGCGCCCAAAGCUGCUCCAGCGCCCAAAUCUUCUCCAGCGCCCAAAUCUUCUCCAGUGUCCAAAUCUUCUCCAGUGCCCAAAUCUUCUCCAGUGCCCAAAUCUUCUCCAGCGCCCAAAUCUUCUCCAGCGCCCAAAGCUUCUCCAGCGCCCAAAUCUUCUCCAUUGCCCAAAGCUUCUCCAGCGCCCCAAAGCUUCUCCAACACCUACAGCUUCUCCAGCACCUGCGUCUGUGGCUGCUGUUCAGACUCCUCCAUUUAAGACUGCAUUGA